UGUCAUUAGUGAACUGUAUAGUUCAAAUAAUGAUCGGUAUAUUUUCAUAAUGUGAAGCUGUGGUUUACAGAUGGUACCUCAUGUCUGACACUUCAUAAUUUAUGAACUACUAUUAUUACUACUACUGUAAUGAGGUUAAUUUUCUUUGUUAUUUCUUAUAUCAGCAAAUUUAUAUUGUAUUUUGUUUUCUUUGUUCAUUGUAGACCACACAUACCCCUAUGGGCGAAUGCCUGUAAUACUUCAUACAUGCAGCUAUAAUACAAAUAAAAUCCUUCAAAUGGGACCCGCUCUCUCGCUCCAGUUUCUCUAACCGGAAACUCCCACCACCAUUUCUACUAGUGCCUAACUGAACCCUUUGAGCAUCCCUUACGCUCGCACAACCAGUCAAAAACAAGUGGAAACCUCAAAAAAGAUUCGUUUGGACAUUUGGUGGUAUAGGUUCGUUAUAUGUAUACUGUAUACAUGGUCUAAAAGGGUUGUAUUUUGGGCAUAAAGUGCAAUAAACCAACCAGAGUCUCAUCUCCCAUUCCCUUUAAAAGCCAGUUGCGCUUUCGCCAUGGUGUAUUCGCUAUUUACUAGGCGGAAUUUGCAAGCAGAAAAACUGAAAGAUUCUAUAGUGAGGAAACAGAGUGAGGAAGCAGACCAUCUACAGGAAAAGGCGGAUUCCACCAAAGCAUUUUCAUCUUUAUGCACACAAUAAUAUUCUUUUAUAAUUUUUAUCCCUUUUAUUUUUAAUAUUUGGCAUGUUUGUGUGCUGCUGCGCAUCCCUGUGUGUGUAAAAAGCAGAAUGUACGUGCGUUGUGCACCCGCAUAGGCCCAUACUAAAGUGCUCAUUAAAUAACAACAACAACAACAAAAUUGUGCCGUUGACUUUAGACCAUUCAGUUGGUCAACGGGGCAGUCUAUUUCAGUUGCCUCAAAAUAGCAACGCACUAACAAUGCGCCUGAACACACCUCGUUUUCAGACCAUGCACGCUCUUGGGCGCACAAAUGGGCGCAAAUGCAUUUGCUAUUUAAACGUAGCGCAGGGCAUGAAAAUGAAAACUGCGUCGGGCUGAAACUAGCCACAUUGCGCCGGGUGUAUGAUAGGGCCCAAAGACUUAAGAACUCUGACAGAACCUUGUGGAAACAGAACCAAGGAAAUGUAAGAAACACAGGCAUAAUAAACAUGAAACAAAAAUUAAAACUAUGAAAGUUCCAUUUAAAGUAUGAUUUUAUUUGCAAACAUCCCACAGACAGCAUACCUGCAUGUAUGAUUCAAGUUUUCAGCAAGUUUGGAAUUUAAUGUGGCGUGCACUAAAUAAGUUAUUUUGUAUAAUAUAUUCUCACUAUACAUGUAGCCUGAAAUUAGGAACAGUGAUGCUGUGGUCUUUCCAUCUUGGGUGCCAGCUGAAUGCUUUGUGUGAAUCUGCUUAGAUGUUGCAUUACUUUAACAUACCGGUUGUCAAACAAAGUGGAAUCAGCUAACACACACUUUACAAUAAGUUUCAUUAGUUAACAUUAGUUAACUACAUAAGUUAACAUGAACUAAUAAUGAACUGCACUUAUACAGCAUUUAUUAAUCUUUGUUAAUGUUAAUUUCAAAAUUUACUAAUACAUUAUUAAAAUCUUGUUAACAUUAGUUAAUGCACUGUGAACCGACAUGAACAAACAAUGAACACUAUUUUCAUUAACUAACGUUAGCGAAGAUGAGUAAAUACAGUAACAAAUGUAUUGCUCAUGGUUCGUUCAUGUUAGUUAAUACAUUAACUAAUGUUUAACUAAUGAACCUUAUUGUAAAGUGUUACCAAAUUGUUUUUGCCACUUAUGUUAUUUCCUACUUUUUAGUUUUUUUUUUAUUGCUGUUUUUAGAGAAGAUUGUGCUUACAUUAAUGAUUUUUUGUAAUUUUGUUAUCUGUUGUGACCAUGUAGUCAAAAAAGUGAUGCUAAUGUUUAAAGUUUUCUGAGUUUUUGGUUAACAAUUUAUAUCAAUGCAUUUUAUACGGUCACUUAAAUAUUAGUAAUGCAUAUAAAACUCAUUCUGUAAAAAUACGAUAAAAUACACCAAUGCAAUAAUGUGCUAAUGUAUUUGUCAUGUUGAUAGAAACACUUACAAUAAUAACGUAUAUUAUUAACAACUUAUGUAAUACACCAACUUUAAAUUUUAUCUAAAUUGUUCUGCAGAAGGUAUUCGACAUGGAUGAUGCUCAUCUGUAGAUUGGUGAAGUUAUGUCUUAUGAAGUUAUUUAUAGCUUUUAUGAAGAAGGUUUACCCUAACAAAAAGAAACAUUGACAUGUAUUUUCCUAAUAUAAAUAAGAUACAUACUGUUUGCUCGCAUGCCAUAGGUUGUUUUCUGUGCUAUUCACAUAUUUUGAAGCACAACAGCUAUAUAAUACUUGUACUGCAGAUUAUGGCAUGGCCGCAAAAUGGUUUAUGAAAGAUACUGAAAAUCUAUUGAUCAUGUUUGUAAUUUUGUAUCAAAAAUGGUUUGUACCCAUGUCUGACCUUAUCCUUAUUUACAAUAAUACUGCAAUGUAGUUGCCUUCACUGACUUCAAUCAAUAACUGAUUUGAGGUUGGACUGGGCGACAAUCAUCAUCUGUCACAAAUUUCCUUAAGGCUAAGAAUUUGUAUAGAAAACGUAUACAUGCGUAAAUUGUUUCCGUACGUCUACACAUAGGCAAUAGGAAGAAAUUGUCCAUGUUUUACUGAAGACCUAAAUGACAUCCAUCUUUUUUUCUUUUUUUUCUUUUCUUUACAUAAGAAAAUAAGAAAAAAAAAAUUCUUGAUCACGAGAAAUCAAGAAAGAAAAAAUAACAAUGUAUGGGCUUUCAGGCUUCCAAACUUUUUUGAUUGAAUAGUUAAAACACCUAUCCCAGUCUAAAAAUGCCCAAAAAUGGAGAUCUCCGUUCUGGAGUUAUACCUACUUGGAGAAAUGGGGAAAUGCCCUUCUUUUGUUCCACAGAGACCUAUAACAAAGACUAGGGACUGUCUAUACUGCUUAUAAUUGCCUUAUCUUGGUCACUAUAGCCUAGGUUUGUCCGGCCUCUUAUUUGUAAUGUUCAGUAAUAAUGAACUCUUCUAAGCAGACGUGCAGAAAUUUCCUCUGAAGAUUUGCUCUGAAGUCAUAGUGAAGAUGACUGACAGAAUGUUUGAAGAUAAACAACAUGCCACCCUAUAUCAAAAAUAUCGAUUUGAUCCACCUGAUGAGCUGAAGGAGCUUGUUCUCCAGUAUCUGGACAAAAAGAAAGGAAAGCCCCAUCAGCUGGCCGUGGAUUUAGGCUGCGGAACAGGGCAGAACUCUCGUCUGCUGACAGCAUACUUUCAGCAGGUUGUGGGCAUUGAUGUCAGUGAAUCUCAGGUAAAGGAAGCGAGAGCAGUGCUGGGGUUCCCUAACCUCAGCUACAGAGUAGGCACAGCAGAGGAGCUGCCAUUCCCAGAUGGCUCGGUGGAUCUGCUGACAGCUGCGUCUGCAGCUCAUUGGUUUGACACUGAACGUUUCAUAAAGGAGGCUGUACGUGUCCUGAAGCCUCAUGGCUGCCUGGCUCUCUUUGGUUAUGGAGGCAAUGAGAAAAUACACCAUGAGUCCUGUGGUGAUCGACUUAAUAACAUAUAUGAGGAAGUAAUGCAAAUUCUGCUGCCCUACACAAGCACUAGGGUAGCUGGGGCCAACAGUAAGCUAAAGGACUUAUUUGAAGCCAUACCCUUCCCAGAUAAAGAGAGGAUUGAAAUAAUUCCAGUAAAGCUGCAGCUAAGCAUCAAGAACAUAAUUGGUUUUAUUCAGACGUUCUCCAUGUACCAAGCCUAUCUGAGAGCCGAUCCAAAUGCCGCAACUGCGCUGUUGGAGAAAACAACAUCACGUAUUCUAGAUGAGAUGAAAGUGUCAUCAACAGAGGCCAAAGUUGACUUUAUAAUGGAGUACUACUGUGUGCUUGCAUGUAAACCUGAGUGACACAUGACUCACCACUUCUGUACUGUCAUCCUAGGUGUUUAGUUAAUCAAGUUGUUAACAAAUCGGUGAGCUUACAAACACUAUUUCUUAUUUCACAUGAAAGAUUCUGAAAAUACAAAUCACCUGGUAUUUGCACUAUGUAUUAUGAUGCUAUGAUGUUACUUUGAAAUAAUUUACUCUAAAAGCAUACAUCAAUACAAUGUUGUUAAAGAAAAACAAUAAAAAGAAUGUUUUGUUUUUUGUUUUUUGCAGUUUUGUAGUUUGUUCACAUGAGCAGUAAACAUUCCCUGGAUGCCACAUAAAUGUUUACUCCAUCUAGGUUUUGUAAAAAUGUUUACCAUAGUCAGCCGGAUCCGGGCCGUAUCCAGGUCAGAUUGAGGACCUGCGCCUAGACACGACCACAAUGCAUCCCUGAAGUGUCAGCAGAGAUUGUGUCAACUAGAUCAUCCCCUGUGAAGGCCUCACCGACACGACAGCCAGUGGCACAGAUUCCCAAUAAACCGUCCAUACCGGCGUGAUGAAUACGAUCUUCAACUAGAUACACUUAAAUAUUUUGACUGUUGCAAUCCCAAUUGGACUUAUGAACUGUAAUGCUGCCUAAAUCAUAAUUAUGCACUGUUCAGUGUUGGCCAGAGGAGAACUGGCUCCCCGACUGAGCCAGGUUUCUCUCAAGGUUUUUUUCUCCAUUUUUAUCACCUGUUUGUCACCUGUUGGAGUUUGGGUUCCUUGCCGCUGUCGCCUUUGGCUUGCUUAGUUGGGGACACUUGAUAUUCAACAAUGUUUUUGAUCUGCCUGCAUUGACACCAUUGCAUGCGAAAUGAGCUGAGCUGGAUGAUGACAUCACUGGAUGAUGACAUUCUCCAGUGCUGAUAUAUAGAUAAAUUAACUAAAUUAAUAACUAUUGAUUUUUACAAUGGAAUUAAUCAAUACUGAAUUUAUUUAAGCUGCUCAGUGACACCAGUUUUUUUAAGAGCUGCUGUGUAGCCAAAAUUAUUUACCUGUUAUCACUGUAAAGCUGCUUUGACACAAUCUGCAUUGUAAAAAGCGCUAUACAAAUAAAGGUGACUUGACUUGAAAAAAUAUAUAGCUGAAGUAAUAGUGUUGAAAGGGGCCUUUACAAUUACCAAAAAUGCAACUUUUUUAUUUUAAUUUUUAUUAUUAAAAAACAAACUAAGUCCAACCCAGGUGACAAAAAACAACACAAAAGUAAAAAUGCAUUACUUUCCAUAAAAAGUAACACAAUUAGUUACUUUUUAACGAGCAAUGCAAUAUUGCUACUUUUAAAAAGUAACUUUCCUCAACACUGCCUGUUCUUCAUCAGCAAUAUCAACAUUAACAGAUUGGUUGAGCAUUAUGCAUCUCUGUACUUUCUCUCUUAUAUUUUCAUAUAUCCAUCUUUCUUAAUUUGCCAUACAUCAUUUGUCUUACAAAUCUCAUGAUUUUAAUCUAACUAGAGAUAGCUUUCAAAAUUACUGUAGGGAAAACUUGUGUAAAGUUUUCCCCUGCUCUGAUAUUGUGAACAUUUUACUUCAUCCUCCCAGCAUGACAUCUGGUUAGCCUGGAAACCUUUGAUCCCUUUCUGCACAUUGCAUAUGAGAUGUUUAUUAACCUUGAAAGGAUUUUUUUAUUAUUCUACUGCACAGUACAUGUGAGAAAACCAUGAGGCACAAGUCCUCAUUAGCAAACCGAGCACAAAAUGGUUAGCCCAAAGGAAUGUUUCAAACAGCUUUGCGUGACUGGCAUGGUUGAUAUUGUGUCAGCGUGUGAAUAAGCAGAGCCUGAAACUUGAGAUGGCUCCUCCCAUUGUCUCCUAGUUUUUUUCCUCAAGCUAGUAUGCUGACUGUUCAAAUCUCUCCAUUUUGUCUGAUCUGAGAGGCUGUACAGCUGUCCAAAAAUGGCUGUACGUUUGUUUGAGGAUAAAGAACAUGCAGCCUUAUACAGGAAGUACCGAAUUUCUCCUUCUGAAGAGCUCAUCGGCAAGGUUCUACAAUUCCACAAGAGUAAU